AUGUCAGAGCAACAAGAAGUUACACAUACUGGAGGAUGUCAUUGUGGAAAAGUUAGAUUUGAAGCAGUAGCACCAAAAGAUUGUGAAGGAAUUUAUUGUAAUUGUUCAAUGUGUACCAAAAAAGGUAUCAUCCAUUUAAUUGUUACAAAAGAUAAAUUUAAAUUAUUGCAAGGUGAAGAUAAUUUAUCAUUAUAUACUUUUAAUACACAUAUUGCAAAACAUUAUUUUUGUUCUACCUGUGGUAUUUGCCCAUAUUAUAUCGCAAGAAGUCAUCCAAAUGAUAUCGAUGUAAAUUAUCGUUGUUUGGAUAAUUUUGAUAUUACCAAAAUUAAAAUUUCAAAUUUUGAUGGUAGAAAUUGGGAAGAUCAAGUACAUAAAAUUCAAAAUUAA